GCCCGGCACGUCCUCGAGCUCCGCCGGCUUGCGGCGCGUCCUUGUGCCGGCGUCGGCCGGUCCCCGGGUGUGGACCGGCUCUGAGCCCACCGCGCAGCCGGGCUUCGGACGGGCCUCGCGGGAGCCAUGAGCCGCCGGCUCGGCAGGGUGGCGGCGCUGCUGCUCGGGCUGCUGCUGGAGUGCACAGAAGCCAAAAAACAUUGCUGGUAUUUUGAAGGACUCUAUCCCACAUACUAUAUAUGCCGUUCCUAUGAAGACUGCUGUGGCUCCAGGUGCUGUGUGCGGGCCCUCUCCAUCCAGAGGCUGUGGUAUUUUUGGUUCCUGUUGAUGAUGGGUGUGCUCUUCUGUUGUGGAGCUGGUUUCUUCAUCCGCCGGCGCAUGUAUCCACCACCACUCAUCGAGGAGCCCACAUUCAAUGUGUCCUACACCAGGCAGUCACCAAACCCUGCUCCAGGAACCCAGCAGAUGGGGCCGCCAUAUUACACUGACCCUGGAGGACCCGGGAUGAAUCCUGUUGGCAAUACCAUGGCAAUGGCUUUCCAGGUCCAACCCAAUUCACCUCACGGAGGCACAACCUACCCACCACCUCCUUCCUACUGCAACACACCUCCACCUCCCUAUGAACAGGUGGUGAAGGACAAGUAGCAAGAUGCUACCCAGAAGGCAAAGAGGCUGGACAGGCCCUUCCGUGUGUCCUCCCCAUCCUCACUGAUACUUGCUGACAGGGUGGUCCAAGGGCAACUGCUCUUUGAUAUCUUCAAAGCAAGCCAGCUCUCUUUCAAGUUUUUUGUGGAGGACAUUUGAAUUUCAUACUGUGUCUCCUCUGUCGCUUCUGUUUCUGAUGUAGUCUGUGCUCUCUGGGAGAGUGUGGCAGCAGUCCCCGAAGGUUGACAUUCCUGCGGUGGCUAGGGUAGAUCCUCGGGAGAGAGGCUAAGAGGAAAGGAAGGCAUAGCCUAUGUCGGGGCAGGUGAGAGGUCAGGAUGCAAUAAGACUCACAUCAUGUGGUAGUGGGAAGAGAAGCUUGAAUGGCCGCUGUCCACUGUCCUAGCCCGUUCUCCUCAUAGAAGCAGUGGAAAUGUGCCGGGGAGGCCUGCUGAAGCUGCUUGGCCUCCACUCACGUUUUGAAAACAGGCUUUCCUCUAUAGGGACCGUAAAGACCCAAGUGUAUCCUGCUUCCAGUGCAAGAUGAGGGUCAGAAUCAGGCCCCAGUUGGACAUCUGCAGUUAACUAAAGACCAUUAAAGAGGAAAGUCUUUUAAGUUAGGAAAAACCACUCCCUGCUCCAAAUGAGACGUUGCAUUUUGUGAAUCAUGCUGUGGCUUCAGAUGGAAAAAGAAAAGUUCCCUUUUCUUUUUCUACAUUUAUUGAAGUGAGAGUCCUGUCCUUCAAGAUCAGAUGGCUAGUGAACCCUUGGGGUCACUGCCCAGAGGGCUUCAAAACCCUUCCCCUAGGUAGUUCUGGUGAUGGCUUUCGUGGCCAGGUCGGAGCAGGAGACACAGUAGACUGGUUAGUUUACACAGACCCUUGGAGGGGGAGAGAAGAGUUGAAGGAGCUCAGCAAAGCAGGGCCAGCAUUGCUGAAGAAGAACUAGGGUUGUGUUUGAUCCUAGCAUGGAUGUGCUAGACUCAGAAGACGGGAAGUUUCUGGAUACAGUGGAAACCUACUUAGUUGCACAGACCACAUAACCAAAUUAGAGAAAGAAAGUGUAGUUAGAGAUGCUAUUUCCCAGGUGAGAAUCCGAGCUCACCCAUAGAUUUACAAGUAGCCGAGGGAGUUCUUAACAGUGAGGAGUGUGUUCCCUUGCGUAGUUAGUCACGUUGAUGUGUAUUUAAACCCAGAUUGAGACCUUGUGUACUAAGAGCAAGGCAGUAUAGCUAAGAUGUCUAGAUUACUUUAUGUGUCGUACUGUGGGGACUGGGCUGGGAGUAAGGGGACUGACAUUUUAAAUGAACCAAUCAGAGCCUUUUGAUAAAUUGUUACUCAUUGGAUUGGGUAUCCAAACAUAUUCCUGGAAUGUUCUUGACCACCUACGAGACCAGGAAGCAUGGUGUCAUGCUCUAUUGGGGUAUUUAUAUGGGGCAGGGAUUCAGGAAUCAGGACAGUAGCAGCAGAGGCUUAGUUUUAAGGACAGGAAGCAUGGGGACUUGGUAGACAGUUUCAUAGAAACUCCAGGGAAGGAAUGAACACCCUUUAAGGCAGUUCGUGGACACAGUGCUGCUGCCCAUAUCAUUGAGCACCCUUGUGUCUCUGGCAUCCCUGGAUCCUGUCCUGGAUCCAGUACCCCUCCAGGUUUGGGUCCCCUUUUUAAACAAGACAACAAAGCACAAUGUCUGCUGUUUACAAUCAAGACAACUACACGGUCCAAGCAUUUCUGUUCCCUUGUGGUUUUAAUUUUAGUUUCCUCUGUUCCUUUUAAAAAUAAGCACAGUGAGAGCUGCUCCUGUUGACUGCAUCAGGGGACAGCUGAAUCAAGGCAUUCAGCAUCCAUGACUACAUUUUAUCUUUUUGAUAGCAAAUCCUUUUGAGAAACUGAGCGACUGAUAGGGCCCAGCAAUUUUAUACUCCAAUGUCUGUGUCAGAUAAAUUUUGUUUGCCAUGGAGCUUGCCUUGGAAUUCCUUCAGCCGUAAACACGGGCAAAGCCUAUGGAAAUUGCACUUCUGGGGACAGUCCCCAGCAUUCUUGUUUUCUUGUCUUCAGUAAUGUUCGCCCUUUCCUGCAGCUCCACUUACGUGUGCUGGGGUCCUACAGAGCGGUGCUCGGGGCCAGACCUGAAGGAGACUUGUGCAUGCUCUUUCCUGGCAACACUGGGCUCCUAUUUCUUCUUUGUUCUCUUUUGAUAGGGUCCUGUUUCCUAUGUAUACAAAAAUAAAAGUGAAUUUGGUCAUGUGCUGUGGUUGUUUG